AUGGAAAGAUUAAAUGAGGCCCUCACUUUGAUUCUUUGUGGUCGGUUACGCCAACAAUUGAUUGUUGACGCGUUCACGUGUUUGCAGGAAGUAAGGCUCGAUUAUAUCCGUCUUAACCAAAAGACAAUCAGAAAAGAAGUGUUGUGUGGGUUGACAGACGCUGUUUCACGAGGUGAUACAACACCAGCUUCAAUAGGACGACGAGUCGUCUUACCCUCCUCAUUCACCGGUGGACCUAGAUACAUGGUGCAGAAUUACCAAGACGCGAUGGCCAUUUGUCGAUGGGCAGGACCACCUGAUCUGUUCAUAACAUUCACAUGUAACCCAAAGUGGCCUGAAAUUACAGAAUUCUUAGCAAACAUACCUGGACAACGACCCGAAGACAGGCCAGAUGUCGUGGUCCGCGUCUUCAAAAUCAAGCUUGAUGAGUUGAUAUGUGAUCUAACAACAAAAGAACAUUUUGGGAGAACAAUAGCAGAUGACAAGCCACUAACUCCAGAAGACAUAGACAGAAUCCUUUGUGCAGAGUUACCAGACACAGAGGUAGACUUAAUUGGAUAUGAAAUAAUAGUCCAAUCAAUGAUGCAUGGGCCUUGUGGGUCAAUGAACGAACGCUCACCCUGCAUGGAAGAUGGAAAGUGCUCAAAACACUACCCAAGAAGUUUCCAGGAAACAAAAACUGUGAAUGAUGAGGGGUAUGCACUGUAUAGAAGACGUAAUAAUGGGCAUACAACAACAAAGAAUGGUCAAGUUCUGGAUAACAGGUUUGUAAUCCCAUACAAUAUUGAUCUGGUGGUGAAAUUUCAGGCCCACAUAAAUGUGGAAAGGUGCAACAAAGAUAGGUCACUGAAAUACUUAUUCAAGUAUAUGAACAAAGGCCCUGACAUGGCACUUGCAAGAAUUGAACAGGCUCGGGAAGGAAAUAAUGGCAACGAAGCACAAAACAACCAGGAGCAAGUUAUAGGUGAGAUUCAAAAUCAUCUAAAAUGUAGAUAUGUGUCAGCCUUUGAAGCGUGUUGGAGAAUUUUCUCAUUCAGCAUCCAAUACAAAAACCCCCCUGUACAAAGGCUAACGUUUCAUUUGGAGGGUCAUCAAGAAGUCAUUUUUGAAGACCAUGAGCACUUGGACGAUGUCCUGGAAAGAGUUGGGGCAAAGAAAACAACAUUGACAGAGUGGAUGACGGCUAACAGGAUGUAUCCAGAAGCUCGCGAACUCACAUAUGCAGACUUCCCAACACAAUGGGUAUGGUUAAGCGACGAGAAAAGAUGGAAGCCUAGAGAAAACGGGAACAACAUUGGAAGGAUAUACUUUGCACACCCUGCCUCCGGGGAGAAGUACUACUUAAGAUUGCUUCUGAAUAUUGUCAAAGGUGCCACAUGCUUCGCAGACAUCCGAACAGUAAAUGGAAUCAUACAUCCUACAUACAAGGAAGCAUGUCAUGCCCUUGGACUUCUUGAUGGGGACCAUGAAUGGCACGAGGGUUUAGUUGAAGCAGCCACAUGGUCUACCGGGCCACAGAUGUAA